AUGCCAAUGCCCCGUGGUCGGCCACGUCGUAAUGUGGCACCCUGCAGAUUUUGCCAAAAACAGUUCAAGAGACAGGAGCAUCUUGAGCGCCAUGAACGCACUCACACCCGGGAACAGCCAUUCUCGUGUGACUGUGGACGUACUUUUUCUCGCCAGGAUCUUUUAUCCAGACAUCAGAGAUUGUCUCAUGCCGGUGCACACCAAGAGCAAGAGAGUCCGGACGACGCCAAUGUGGACGCGGUUGAAGCUACAACCGCCGAUGCGCCAACUACCAAGACUUACACCCAGAACGCCACUGCAGUUGAGCACCAAACGACAGUUGUAGACGAGACGAAUCUACAAAAUGAGCAAUCUUUGAAAUUGAUGCUACCUGAAGGAGAUGGAGAUUUUCAGGUUCCACACCCUACGACAUCAUUUGACGCCUCGACAGAAGAACACCCAUUCACUAAUGACCUUCUUCUUGGGAUGAUCAGCCUUGAUUUUGACUUUUUCUGGAAUGAUACCCAGCUUUUGAACCCUCUUUUGUCCGACAGUCUGUUCGACAAUAACUUUCCAUCCACUGAAGGCUUGACAGAAUGUCACACAACUCCAACCUCCGGCCAAAGCAAUCAUAUAAGACCAACCGUUGACUUAAACUUGGGGACAUGGGAACCUUCGUCCAGUUCGCAGCAACAGAUGGACUCUACAGCACCAGAAGAGCACUCGGCUUUUGCCUCGAGGAUGCCUUCCAUGGAACCCGAAGGCACCGGAUCGAUUCCCGCUUCCCUGACAGCCGGUCCCGAGCUAGUGCCUGUAGCAGGGCAGACUCACUCCAUCCGCCCCUGGAAGAUUUCAUCCUCUGAGCACGUCCAAAUUCUCCACAACGUCGCAGCAUGUAAAGAUGUCUUACCAUCGACAUUUCAGCUUCCGUCAAAGCAUACCCUAUCCCGUUUUCUGGAAGGGUAUUUUCGCGGUUUCCACAUUCACAUGCCCUUUCUACACUGCGUCACCUUUUCUGCCUCAUCUGCUAGUCCCGAACUCCUUCUUUCCCUGGCCGCGGUCGGCGCUCUUUAUCGAUUUGAGCGCAUCAAAGCAUACCGGCUCUAUGAGGCCGCCCAGUGCCUGAUUACUUGGCGCCUUGGAGAAAAUCGUCGUGCCGUUCUCAGUCGACUCACCAACGAGUCCGCAAGCCACUCGAGUUACUCAAGAUCUCCGAAUGUGCCUAGUGACGUCCCUGAUGUGAGUUUGAGUAGCGGGCUUGGGGCUGGCGCUCCAGUCGAGAGAAACGGAACCAAACUUCAAACAUUACAGGCCAUGAUUGUAAUCAUGGCGAUGGCAUCAUGGGGUGCCCGCGAUCUACUAUCGGACGCGUUGUCAAUGUCUAGCCAAGUGGCGAUGUUCGCCCGCGAAGUAGGAAUUGCCCAGCCGGAGAGGGGAUCAACAAGGGACAUGUGCUGGGAGGAAUGGACAGGUCGGGAAGAGCGCCGUCGUACACUCUUUUGCGCUUACGUGCUGCUCAACUUGCAGUCUGUUGCAUUCGACGUGCCGCCACUACUCCUCAAUCGGGAGAUCGCCAUAGACUUGCCUGGCUGUGCGUCUGCAUGGAAGGCUACAAACUCGACGGAAUGGUCCCUUCUGCUCGACAGGUACAUGCCGCCAGACCCGUUUCAGAAAAGACUGCAUGAUAUCCUAUCGGGGCGGCGGACUCACGUCGAAUCGCCCCUCUCGUCGUUUGGGAAUUAUGUUCUCGUUCACGGCCUGCUGCAGCAGACUUUAUUAACCAACCAUGCUCGCGAGGGCCCAACCAACGAAAACACUCCCUUCAGCGACGACCAUGUCGGACGCAUGGAGGCUGCGCUUCGUGUUUGGCAGGAGUCCUGGGAGGCUACAUACGAGUCGACCACGGAUCCUUCAUCCCCAAAAGGGCCCAUGGGAUUCAACUCUACUGCGAUACUACGUCUUGUCUAUAUCCGCCUCAACGUAAAUCUGGGGCCUAACAGACAUGUACUAUCUCGUGAUCCUCACGGUAUACUCAAGGCUUUCAAGCAGCCUAUAAUCACUUCAGAAAAACGGUCACUUUGCCUGGACCGGGCAGUGCUCCAGUGUAUUCAUGCCCUCAGCAUCCCUGUAAGGAUCGGCAUCACGUUUGUGUCGCGUACGCAGACAUUAAACUGGAGCAUCCAGCACGCCCUGUGCAACCUAGAAUGCGCAUUCGUUCUUGGACAGUGGCUCUUGGCCGUCUCCGAGUCCGUGGAAGCUUCAGGGCUUGGUUCGCUGCGGGGUGACGAGCGGAGGCUCGUGAACAUGGCGGCGAGUCUGGUGCGGGAAACGGAGUACGGUGACAUUCUGGAUGACGAGCCAAGUCAUGCGGCCCAGAUAAGAAACCUAGCUGCUGCGACUAUGCGGCUCUGGGCCCAAAUAUUGAAAGGCACCCACGCGUUCGAUGUUGUCGAUGUGGUGGGUACAGGCUUGUCGAUGGUGGCCGAUGAGCUGGAGAGGCAAACGUUUGGGGCGGCGGGCAGUUUACAGGGGCCAACCCACUAA